GAUUGUUUCCAAACCUCACUUAUUAUCAAUUUUUCACUCCCUUGUAUAGCUUCAACAGAUAAGGUUCCCACUCUUAGCUCUCUCUCUAGCCAUGGCCGGAGCUUCUAGAAUCUUCCACUCAACACUCAUCCCCAGUUUCUCUCAGAACUCCACUCCAUCUCCACUCCACAAAACCCCUAAUUCACACUCUCAGACUACCAUCUCGCGGCGAAACCCAAUUCGCUGCUCUAUCUCUACCAGCGACGCCACGAAGAGCACGGUGACCCAGAAAAUCCCUUGGGGCUGCGAGACCGAUUCGUUGGAUAACGCAUCGGCGUUACAAAAAUGGUUAUCCGAUUCGGGUCUUCCAGACCAGAAAAUGGGCAUAGAGAGAGUGGAAGUAGGAGAGAGAGGCUUAGUCGCCCUCAAGAACAUAAGGAAGGGAGAGAAACUGCUCUUCGUCCCUCCCUCACUUGCCAUCACUGCCGAUUCGGAUUGGAGCUGCCCAGAGGUUGGUGAAGUAUUGAAACAGAAUUAUGUUCCAGACUGGCCAUUCCUUGCAACAUACCUAAUCAGUGAAGCAAGUAUCAUGAAGUCUUCAAGAUGGAGUAAUUAUAUCUCAGCCUUGCCUCGACAGCCCUAUUCACUUUUGUACUGGACACGUUCAGAACUAGAUACAUAUCUGGAAGCAUCACAGAUUAGGGAGCGAGCAAUUGAAAGGAUCAACGAUGUUACUGGAACGUACAAUGAUUUAAAACUCAGGAUAUUCUCCAAGUAUCCUCAUCUAUUUCCUGAAGAGGUAUUCAAUAUGGAGACUUUUAAAUGGUCAUUUGGUAUCCUUUUCUCACGCUUGGUCCGAUUACCCUCAAUGGAUGGAAGGGUUGCCUUGGUUCCGUGGGCAGAUAUGCUAAAUCAUAGUUGUGAGGUGGAAACAUUUCUGGAUUAUGAUAAAUCAUCACAAGGAGUUGUUUUUACAACUGAUCGGCCAUAUCAGCCAGGUGAGCAGGUUUUCAUAUCAUAUGGAAAGAAAUCUAAUGGAGAGCUGUUGCUAUCAUAUGGAUUUGUUCCAAGGGAAGGCACCAACCCUAGCGAUUCGGUUGAGUUAUCUUUGUCACUUAAGAAAUCUGACAAAUGUUACAAGGAGAAGGUGGAAGCUCUGAAGAAGCAUGGUUUGUCGACGUCACAGUGUUUUCCUUUACAAAUCACCGGUUGGCCACUGGAGUUGAUGGCAUAUGCUUAUUUAGGAGUAAGCCCCCCAAGUAUGAACAGGCAGUUUGAAGAGAUGGCUGCUGCGGCGAGAAUGUCCAAGAAGGAUAUCAGAUAUCCUGAAAUAGAAGAACAGGCUCUGCAAUUUAUUUUGGAUAGUUGUGAAUUCAGCAUUUCAAAGUACUCCAAAUUCCUUCAGGCAAGUGGAUCAAUGGAUUUGGAUGUGACGUCUCCAAAGCAGCUCAACAGAAAACUGUUUUUGAAACAACUAGCUGUAGAUUUGUGUACUAGUGAAAGAAGGAUACUGUUCCGUGCACAAUAUAUACUGAGGAGGAAAUUAAGGGAUAUAAGGAGCGGUGAAUUGAGAGCUCUUACAAUCUUUGAAGGCUUCAGGAAGCUUUUUAAAUGAAUUACUCAAAGAAUAAAGUACAUAUAGUUCUGAAAUGAACAUUUGAUCCUGUUAUUGUUGAGUACCUUUUAUCUGGGAAAUUCACUUCAUCAAAAUAUUGCAUGUUCAUUGUC